GCAGAUGCUAGUGCUACUGCGGUGCUGAUAAGCAGCUUUUAGACUCAGAGCUCGAGGAGGAGGCGGGGCCAGCAGUGACGGAGACGAGUGGGAGAGGUCAGGACAUCGAGAGAAGGAGCCAUCCCAUCACUGACCAGCUUCGGCUACCUACCUUCGAGCGAGAAGCCAGAUUUGUACAAAGCAUCCUGUUCAUCUGUGGCCAGCUGUUGGAACUCCUAUACCUGGGGAGGGAGAUGGGCACAGAAGGGAGACUCAGCCGUGGUGUGCGCUGUGUCAUCGUCGGCUCUUUGAUGUUCUUGUGCACCCAAAGUCUGGGGGUGUCUGCGUACAUUGAGGCAUUAGCAGCAAAUGCAGGAACAGGAUUUGCCGUGGCAGAGCCACAGGUGGCAAUGUUUUGUGGAAAGCCAAACAUGCACAUGAACAUCCAGACUGGAAAAUGGGAGCCUGAUGCCUUGGGAACACGAAGCUGCUUUGGGUCCAAAGAAGAGAUAGUAAAUUACUGCCAAGAGGUUUACCCUGAGCUGCAGAUACUCAGUGCUGCUGAGUCCACACAGCCUGUUACUAUAGACAACUGGUGUAGGAAAGGCAGACGCAGGUGCAGAGGUCACCAGCACAUUGUGGUCCCUUACAGGUGCCUGGUUGGUGAGUUUGUAAGUGAGGCACUACUGGUUCCAGACAAAUGCAAGUUUCUUCAUCAAGAAAAGAUGGACUCAUGUGAGAGCUAUCUGUACUGGCACAAUGUAGCAAAAGAGGCAUGUACUGUUAUAGAACUUGAACUACACAGCUAUGGUAUGCUACUUCCUUGUGCCAUGGAUAGAUUUCGUGGUGUGGAGUACGUCUGCUGUCCUUCCCGAGAGCUUCCUGUGAUGAUAAAAGAGACGACUACAGUGGCAGCAUUGAACAGUGACAGAGCAAUGAAUCUACAGCAGAGUGAGGAUUUCCAGUCCACCCCUGUUCCUGUACUGGAAGAUGUAGAAGAAGGUGAGGAUGAGCACGAUGUUACAGAUACAGCUGCUGAAGAUGAUUACUAUUCUGAAGACAAUGAUGCAUUUCCUGAUGAGUACUUUGUAAAUCCUGGUUACUAUGAUGACAGCAUUACAGAAACUACCAUAACCACCACUACACAAACCACAGAAGAUGAGGUUAAAGUUACACCAACCCCAAGACCAACAGAUGGAGUUGAUGUUUAUUUUGAGAUGCCAGGCGAUGAAAGUGAGCAUGCCAACUUCCUGCGAGCCAAAAUGGACCUGGAAGAAAGGAGAAUGAAACGCAUUAAUGAGGUGAUGAAGGAAUGGGCUGAAGCAGACAACCAAGCUAAGAAUCUGUCCAAAGCAGACAGACAGGCUCUCAAUGAGCACUUUCAGACUGUCCUGCAGACACUUGAAGACCAAGUGGCAAGUGAGCGUCAGAGACUGGUGGAAACACACUUGGCACGAGUUGUGGCAUUGCUGAAUGAUAACCGUAGAGUAGCACUGGAGAGCUAUUUGUCAGCCCUGCAGUCUGAGCAUCGUCAGCCUGAGAGAGUUCUACAAUCGUUGAAAAGGUACAUUCGAGCAGAGCAGAAAGACCGUCGCCAUACACUACGCCACUACCAGCAUGUUAUGGCUGUAGAUCCUGAGAAGGCUCGGCAGAUGAAAUUUCAGGUGUAUACCCACCUUCACGUCAUUGAAGAGCGGAUGAACCAGAGUCUAGCCUUCCUCAGUAAAGUGCCAAAACUUGCAGAAGAGCUGCAUGAUGAGAUCCAGGAACUUUUGAAGACAGAGCGACCCGAUGUCACAGAUCUCCUUACCACAUCUUUCUCUGAAACCAGAACCACAGAGGAGUAUCUGCCUAUGGACAGUGAUGAGGACAUGAUAAUUGACAGUCGACCUUACUCACCCAUCAAGACAGACAUUUUUGAUACAGAAGAUUCCCAGCAAACAGACAAGAAAGCUUCAGGAGUAUCAGAAUAUGACUAUAAUCUAAAUGUUAAUGACAAAUCAUCAAAUUAUGAGUAUGAAGACAAGGUGAACUCCUCUGUAGAUGUCAAGGAAGUGGUAUACAAGACAACUGAUAUUCAGAGAGAUGAGCUGGAGCCUGAUACCAUGGUGACAUUUAACAGGAGUGCCCUGAUUGGCCUGCUGGUAGUGGCGGUGGCUGUAGCAAUGGUGAUCAUAAUUAGCCUUAUGAUGGUGCGAAGGAAGCCAUAUGGUACAAUCAGCCAUGGAAUUGUGGAGGUUGACCCCAUGCUGACUCCAGAGGAACGACAGCUCAGUAAGAUGCAGAACCAUGGGUAUGAGAACCCCACUUACAAAUUCUUUGAACAAAUGAACUGAGAAGACAGAUGCAUUAAACCAUCAGAAGGGGCACAGCCACAGAGACAACAUUCUCACCUAGUCUGUACAAAAGAGGAACAACAUAAGACAUAUAAAGUCCACACAAAGCAAGGAGUGUCGUUAUCCCGUUCAUCAAAUGCUUGUAGCGUCAUAAGCUUUAUCUGCCCAGUGGACAUGCAAAAAGAAAAAAAAAAGAGAAAAAUUAAAAAAAGAUAAAGAAAACCAUUAUUUUAAUUUUCAUUGAUUCUUUUACAUACAGAUGUCAGGCCAAGCUGACCUCAAACAAACAGUGCUGGCUUGGCCCAGACAUCUCUUUUGGUAUCACCUCACACCAAAGAAAAUAUAUACUGAAUGGUUUUGUUUGCAUGCUCAUGAAUGUAGGAGAAAUUGGGAAGAUGUUUGUCUGCCUGGUAUGAGGUGUAUUGGGGGAUGAUGCUUUAAUUAUAAUUGUCUGCUUACUACCCGAUGUACACUCUAAAAUGUACUGUUGUUUUAGUAGCUUCCUCGUCAUGUUAACUUUAUCGAAAUUCAAGUGUUGAAAGAAUCACAAAAAAUAAGGAUUGUUAUUCAAAAUGUUUUGUUUAGACUUUCUUGGAUGGGGAAACAGUAAGGCAAUAUUUGUUCUAUAAGCUAAAGCCCAUACAGACUUUAUCAGUUUUACACAAUUUUACAUAUAUGUAUUGUAUUUUGACAUAGUGAAAAUAUUAUAAGCAGGCUUCUAUGCUUUCUGAUUCUAGCAUCUUCAAAUCUCAACCAAGAAGAAAUGCCAUUUUUGCUCAAAUAUAUAUGUAGCACUGUCAGAAAAAAAAAAUGUUCUGAUUAAUGCAAAGAAUCUCUGUAUGCCCGCAACAAAAACAGAUGGACUGGUUUGCAGUUCAGAAAUGUAUAUAUGCAAAUGAAAAAAAACAAAGUUUCCUCUUUUGUAAGCAAAAAUUGAGAAGGGUUGGACACACUGCUUUCUGCAGAUGCUCUCUCCUUUUUGUUAUUUCUUUUUUGAAAUUGUGGAUGAAAACAUAUUAAUAUUAUGACAGCAUAAUAUGAUGUCAGAGGGAUUGUAGCUCUAAUGAGUCACAUUCAGAGUUGGCAUCGCUUAUGUGGGGGAAUUGUGAACAUGCAUUAUUUCAAAUUUAUAAACUCAGAAAUACAAUUGCCCUGACAGAGUGCUGUAUUUAGCAGCACAUAUUCAAUGCUUAAGCAGCUCACCUCAGUUUUUGUUAAAUUAAAAGAAGCACAUCUGUUUAAUCCGUUGUUCAAACCCAAGUUCAGUUAACGGUCACUUGGACAUUUUGCAGGUUAGUUUGCAAGGAGCAUGCUGGUUUGCAGUGUUCCUCUUGUGUAUAAUUUGCCUGUGCAAAUGCACUGUGUCACAUGUGCAGUUCAUAUUUCGAAAGUUUGACUUCCCUGCCCCAUGCUUUUUCUCUGGUUUCCACUGAAGAAGUCAUCUGUCUGUCUGUAUCACAGAAUACCUGACUCCUUUGUAGUGACUGGUUUAGAUUUUAGGUUGACCUGUUGUACGGGUAGAAAUUGAAACUAAAAUACAAAGACCAUAUUCUGGGCAGCACUGUGAGAGAAUGGAGCAGAAAGAUGUUAUUCCUGCCCAUAAAAAUAAGGUCAGCGAGAUUAUAAAUAUGUUCAGGUUAUAAACCAAGUGAUCAAAAUGCAAUAAGUAGAGAUUCUAUCAGCACCUUUUAUGGCAUCUGGGAUAUGUACACAGAAGUUUCAGUAAAAGGGAGGGCAGUAAUUUUCAGAAGGAAAGCCAGUAUGUAGGUUGGUGUACUGAUUCAGUGAUGAAUUUGCUGCAUGACAGCGUUUGCUUGAUUUGUUUUGUUCCUAAUGAUAAGCUUUCUGUAAAGAGUUUGUAUGUCCUCCUAUGAAUUUUUGCCAAAGUCUUCGAUUUAGUCUUGAAUCCCAAAGAUGUUUGGAUAGGAGGACUGGUGUUGCUCUAAAUGGCCUUUAGUAUCUGUGUGUCCCUCCUGAAUGACUGGCAUCCUGUUUAGUAUUGAUUUCUUGCCUUACCUCAUCACUUGCAAAUAGAGAAUCUUUCUCCCCAUGACAUUUGCAUGGAUAAAUCAGGUAUUGAAGACACAUUGAUAUUAGGAAGUACUUUUUAAUGCAUAUAGUUGCUAGAGUGGCAUUACAAAACAAAUUUACUGAAGGUUUCAGAGAAAACUAUUGAGGCUGUUGUUAAAAGUGGUGGGCAGUUUCAUGAGGUACUUAAAUGGAACAGCUGCUAAUCGCUGUAUUGGAUGUAUUUUGGUAUGCCAAGAAAAGAUGAAUUAAUGGAUUAGGAGGUUUUGCCCUGGUGACUGGUUUCAGUAUUAGUUUUUUCUGCAGUAAAUGUUAAAUAGCUUUGCAUUAAAGAAAACAUUUGAGCCUCAGCACAAUAUACAAAACAAGUAAUAGCCCUUGGAUGGGAACAUUGCUUGUCAGCCCUUUCUUGUUGCAUUUUUUUAUUUCUUUGCAUAUUUGGUUUUUGGUUUGUGUUAAUAAUUGACAGUAAAACCUGCUGUGGGAUACAAAACAGUAUGCGUAUGUGGCAUACAAAACAAUAAGCCUGAUUUGGCAUACAAAACAGUACACAUAUGUGGCAUACAAAACAAUAUUAGUAUGUGGUGUACAAAACAAUAUGCCUGAUGUGGCAUACAAAACAGUAUGUGUAUGUAGUAUAUAAACCAGUACAUCUAAUAUGGGAUACAAGACAGUAUGUCUGAUAUGGCAUACAAACACUAGUUUAUCACUUAGAUCACCAGUAGUAAUGCCAUCACUGCUGUACAAAGGGAGCCAAUGUUAUAAUGUUCUGCAUUUUAUUGUGCAGUUUAUUUAAACUGAACUACAUUAGCAGUGAGGUUUAUAUGCUUGGCUACCUUAGAAUUUGUCCUCAUCUUGCAUUGCAGAAAAUGUGUCUGCUUCCCAUUGUCAUCCUUCCCAGCUCUGAUAAUUAGUUGCAUGUUUUGGCAGAAAAGUGUGAUAAAACACCAUCUUUACUGGUUUAUCACAGUGAGUGUACAUGAUUUGCUAGCAAUGUUUGCUAUGACCUAUGAGCUUUCUCUUCUCUGUAUGGGUAGUUUUACAGAUAAAUGGAAUGUACAGUAAAAUGUCAGUGUAGAAACUGCAGUAAGACAUUGCCAGUAUCCCUUGUCUUCCAUUUUACAUGCAACUUUAGAUCUCAAACAUUUAAAUCCAGAUCCUAAGGUUGUCAUUCUUCUCUCAUUGCUAUGAUGUCCUGUUGGCCCUAUCACUAUCUAUGGUUGACUUACUGAUGGAAAUCCCAGACUUCCCCUCAGAUCUUUUUGUCCACAGGCUAGGUUGAUUCCUGGUGUUAGACUAGAUUGAUAAAUCACAAGCUAAAAAAGAGCAGACAUUUCAAGUGCUAUCAGGGAUUUAAAUGCCAGUUUUCACAGAGGAAGCACAAAAUUAUGUCAAAUGGUAUUAUGUACUCUCCGUUCUGAGCAGCAUUAUUCAUUCUGUUCUUCCUCUAUCCAUACAGAAUAUUAAAGCAUUUUACCCAUUGAUUCCUUCAGUUUGAUACAGUGA